CAAAUCUUAGCUUUAUUUCAAAAAUUCUGCCAUAAAAUGUAAAAGCAACGCAUAAGUUUCGUAUAUUUUCGGGUUUUUUUUGUCGGAUAUGUUGUCGCUAAUAGCGGGUUUUUUUGGUAAAAAAUGUUGUCUCUAAUAGCAGUGAAAAACUUUACAGUCCCCUCCCAAAAUCUGACAAAUUCGAUCAUUUUUCCUAUCUCAGUUGAAGGGUUCAUCACAAACUUUGCCAUACGUAUUGAGAUUCUGCCGUUCGGGGAUUUUUUGCAAUCUGUAUAUAAACCCUAUUAGUGGAUUGAGCCAUUUCCACACAAAGCGCACUGGCAAAAAAAAAAUAAAAAAGGCUCACACACCAACUAAUUUCAUUUCUCACAACACCAAAGGGUAUUUUAACAAUGGGUUCAAGCAAGAACAAACUUCUGUGCGAUAGCACACCAUGUGAUGAAGAUACCACUCAGAUGGAAACCCGGAAAGGUCCCUUAAAUUUGGGUUCCAAAUGGAUCCGUUAGCUCGGCGAAGGUUCGAAGUCACUGGAGAUUAUUGAGCCAAAAAAUGAGAAUAUGCAGACUCCCACAUGUCGAAUUACCCGAUCGAUAACAGUGUUGUCCGACUCAAAUAGCAAGCCCAAUGGGUCCCCUUCUAUUCGUGACACUGGAAAUGGUAUCCAUGCAGUUAAGAAUACUACUUCGCAAUCAAGUAAAAAUGGUAAGAGGCAAAUGGAUAAUGGGGCCGUUGACUCGAGCUCCAAGAAAAGAAACUCGUACAACAUGAAAUUCCACAGCCACAAUUGCGGUAUGUAUGUGAUAAAGUUCGCCAAAUAUAUUAUCCACCAGAAAAUCUAUGUCAUGGCAGAUACGUACGGUCCAAAAACUGUAAGAUUCCAUUUGGCAGCUCAAUUAUACAAGCAUGUUUGUAAGAAGGUUAUGAAACUGACUUCGAUUUGUUAUCACGGAGCAUCAUCAGGGAUAGAAAGAUCAAGGGUAUUGUUAUUGUGUAGCAGUGAUGAAGCUAAAUUGCAUGUCAUUUGGAAACCAGCAAAUAGUAGAGUAGACGUUUAAUCUCAACCUAAACAAUUGCAUCUUUGCAGAUUGGGAAAUGUUUUCCUGUCUCUUGAAUGUAUUGGAUGACAUAAUGAUCCCAAUUUUUUAUGAUUCAACAACAAUGC